AUGGCUCACUCAAAGUCAAGGACGAAUGAUGGAAAGAUUACGUAUCCUCCCGGCGUCAAGGAAAUCUCAGAUAAAAUAUCCAAAGAGGAGAUGGUGAGACGGUUAAAGAUGGUUGUGAAAACGUUCAUGGACAUGGACCAGGACUCUGAAGAAGAAAAGGAGCUUUACCUGAACCUGGCUCUCCAUCUGGCUUCAGACUUUUUCCUCAAGCAUCCUGACAAAGACGUUCGCCUCCUUGUGGCUUGCUGCCUCGCCGACAUCUUCAGGAUCUAUGCCCCCGAGGCUCCCUACACGUCCCCCGAUAAACUGAAGGACAUAUUUAUGUUUAUAACCAGGCAGCUGAAGGGGCUGGAAGAUACGAAGAGCCCACAGUUCAAUAGGUAUUUUUAUUUACUUGAGAACAUUGCUUGGGUCAAGUCAUAUAACAUAUGCUUCGAGCUAGAGGACAGCAAUGAGAUUUUUACCCAGCUGUACAGGACAUUGUUUUCAGUGAUAAACAACGGCCACAAUCAGAAAGUACACAUGCACAUGGUGGACCUCAUGAGCUCCAUCAUCUGUGAGGGGGACACGGUGUCGCAGGAGCUUUUGGAUACGGUCUUGGUAAACCUGGUGCCUGCCCACAAGAAUUUAAACAAGCAGGCGUACGACCUGGCGAAGGCGUUGUUGAAGAGGACGGCCCAGGCCAUCGAGCCGUACAUCACCAACUUCUUUAAUCAGGUCCUGAUGCUUGGGAAAACAUCCAUCAGCGACCUGUCCGAGCACGUCUUUGACUUAAUCUUGGAGCUCUACAACAUCGACAGUCAUCUGUUGCUCUCCGUCUUGCCCCAGCUUGAGUUUAAAUUAAAGAGCAAUGAUAACGAGGAGCGACUGCAGGUCGUGAAACUCCUGGCCAAAAUGUUUGGGGCAAAGGAUUCAGAGCUGGCUUCUCAAAACAAACCGUUGUGGCAGUGUUACCUGGGCAGGUUUAAUGACAUCCAUGUCCCAAUUCGCCUGGAAUGUGUGAAAUUUGCCAGCCAUUGUCUGAUGAACCAUCCGGAUUUGGCCAAGGACUUAACAGAGUACCUUAAGGUGCGGUCCCAUGAUCCCGAAGAAGCUAUUAGACACGAUGUCAUCGUGUCUAUCGUUACAGCUGCUAAAAAGGACAUCCUGCUGGUCAACGAUCACUUACUGAAUUUUGUGAGAGAGAGAACGUUAGACAAACGGUGGCGAGUGCGCAAAGAAGCCAUGAUGGGACUUGCACAGAUUUAUAAGAAAUACGCCUUACAGUCGGCAGCCGGCAAGGACGCCGCAAAGCAGAUCGCGUGGAUCAAGGACAAGUUGCUGCACAUUUAUUAUCAGAACAGUAUCGAUGACCGGUUGCUGGUGGAGCGCAUCUUCGCCCAGUACAUGGUACCCCACAGUCUGGAGACCACGGAGCGCAUGAAGUGCUUGUACUACCUGUAUGCCACGCUGGACCUGAACGCCGUGAAGGCGUUGAAUGAGAUGUGGAAGUGUCAGAACCUGCUGCGACAUCAAGUGAAGGACCUGCUCGACUUGAUCAAGCAGCCCAAGACGGAUGCCAGCGUCAAGGCCAUAUUUUCAAAAGUGAUGGUUAUUACAAGGAAUUUGCCAGAUCCUGGUAAGGCUCAGGACUUCAUGAAGAAAUUCACGCAGGUCUUAGAGGAUGAUGAGAAAAUCAGGAAGCAGUUGGAGGGACUCGUCAGCCCCGCGUGCUCCUGCAAACAGGCCGAAGGCUGCGUGCGUGAAAUAACGAAGAAGUUGGGCAACCCCAAGCAGCCUACGAACCCCUUCCUGGAAAUGAUCAAGUUUCUCCUGGAGCGGAUAGCGCCCGUGCACAUUGAUACCGAGUCUAUCAGUGCUCUUAUUAAGCAAGUGAACAAGUCGAUAGAUGGAACAGCGGACGAUGAAGACGAGGGUGUCCCAACGGACCAGGCCAUCAGGGCAGGGCUGGAACUGCUGAAGGUCCUGUCUUUCACGCACCCCAUCUCGUUUCAUUCCGCUGAAACCUUCGAGUCGCUCCUGGCCUGUCUGAAGAUGGAUGACGAGAAGGUAGCGGAGGCCGCCCUACAGAUUUUCAAAAACACAGGAAGCAGAAUCGAAGAGGACUUCCCACACAUCAGAUCAGCCUUGCUUCCUGUCUUACAUCACAAAUCUAAGAAAGGGCCCCCCCGGCAGGCCAAGUACGCCAUCCACUGUAUCCACGCCAUAUUCUCUAGUAAAGAGACCCAGUUUGCACAGAUAUUUGAGCCUCUGCAUAAGAGCCUCGACCCCAGCAACCUGGAGCACCUCAUCACGCCCUUGGUCACCAUCGGCCACAUCGCCCUGCUGGCGCCGGACCAGUUUGCCGCUCCGCUCAAGUCCUUGGUCGCCACCUUCAUUGUCAAAGAUCUGCUGAUGAGCGACCGGCUUCCAGGUAAAAAGACCACUAAACUUUGGGUCCCCGAUGAAGAAGUUUCUCCUGAGACAAUGGUCAAAAUCCAGGCCAUUAAAAUGAUGGUGCGGUGGCUCCUUGGGAUGAAGAACAACCACAGCAAAUCGGGAACGUCUACCUUGCGCUUGCUGACGACAAUACUGCACAGCGACGGGGACCUGACGGAGCAGGGCAAGAUCAGUAAACCAGACAUGUCCCGUCUGCGACUUGCUGCAGGCAGCGCGAUUGUGAAGCUGGCCCAGGAACCCUGCUACCAUGAGAUCAUCACACUGGAGCAGUACCAGCUGUGCGCAUUAGCCAUCAACGACGAGUGCUACCAAGUAAGACAGGUGUUUGCCCAGAAACUGCACAAAGGCCUCUCGCGGCUGCGGCUCCCGCUGGAGUACAUGGCGAUCUGCGCGCUCUGUGCCAAGGACCCUGUGAAGGAGAGGCGGGCGCACGCCAGGCAGUGCCUGGUGAAGAACAUCAACGUGCGGCGCGAGUACCUGAAGCAGCACGCGGCGGUGAGCGAGAAAUUACUGUCUCUUCUACCUGAGUACGUUGUCCCGUAUACCAUCCACCUCUUGGCACAUGACCCGGAUUACGUCAAAGUGCAGGAUAUCGAACAGCUCAAAGAUGUUAAAGAGUGUCUUUGGUUUGUUCUGGAAAUACUAAUGGCUAAAAAUGAAAAUAACAGUCAUGCAUUUAUCAGAAAGAUGGUAGAAAAUAUCAAACAAACAAAAGAUGCCCAAGGACCAGAUGAUGCAAAAAUGAACGAAAAGCUGUACACGGUGUGUGAUGUCGCCAUGAACAUCAUCAUGUCAAAGAGCACCACAUACAGUCUUGAAUCUCCUAAAGACCCGGUCCUCCCAGCACGUUUCUUCACCCAGCCUGACAAGAACUUCAGUAACACCAAAAAUUAUCUGCCACCAGAAAUGAAAUCGUUCUUCACUCCCGGAAAACCUAAGACCACCAACGUUCUCGGGGCUGUGAACAAGCCGCUGUCGUCGGCAGGGAAGCAGUCGCAGACCAAGUCCUCCCGGAUGGAGACCGUGAGCAACGCGAGCAGCAGCUCGAACCCCAGCUCUCCCGGCAGAAUCAAAGGGCGGCUCGAUAGCUCUGAGCUGGACCACAGUGAGAAUGAGGACUACACGAUGCCUUCACCGUUGCCGGGGAAGAAGAGCGACAAGAGAGACGACGCUGACCUCGUUCGGUCUGAAUUAGAAAAGCCGAGAGGCCGGAAGAAAGCGCCUGUCACAGACCCCGAGGAGAAGCUCGGCGUGGACGACCUGAGCAAGCCGGUCCAGGAGCAGAAACCGAAGGGCACUCAGCGCGGCCGCAAGCGGGGCCUCCCGGCCUCCGAGGCAGAAGAGCCGCCGUGGCCCGAGGAGAAGCGGCUCCGGGAGGACCUGCUGGAGAACGAGGAUGAACAGAACAGCCCACCAAAGAAGGGCAAGAGGGGCCGGCCACCCAAGCCUCUGGGCGCAGGGGGCCCCAGAGAGGAGCCAACCACAAAAGGUUCCAAGAAGGGAAGCAAAAAAAAAUCGGGACCCCCGGCCACAGAGGAGGAGGAGGAUGACGACAGACAAAGCGGAAACGCGGAGCCGAAGUCGAGGAGCAAACAGCAGCGGCCAUCCAGGAGGGCUCAGCAGAGAGCCGAAUCUCCUGAAGCCAGUGCCGUUGAGCCCACCCAGUCCACAGCACAGAAAGGACGAGGAAGACCAUCCAAAACGCCGUCCCCGUCGCAGCCCCCCAAACACGUGUAA